GGAUUCCACAGCAGCAACUCCCCGGACGCGCGCAGGCCUAGAGCCCCCCAGCUUCCGUGCCCCCUCGGCCCUGAAACUUGGAGCAGGGUAGGGGUCCAGCAUGAAGCCCCCGGACCGCCCCGCCCCUGGCCGCACUGACCGGAUACUGGGGGUCAUGGGGGGCAUGCUGCGCGCAUGCGCCCUCCCCGGGCAGGAGGGGCCCCGGAAGAGAAGCCCCCUAGGGCCAGGAGGGACCGAGACAGAGUCUGACUGUACCGAGGGGGAUCAGAAAGGGGAGCGCGAACGUGAGGUCCCCGCCUGGGCUCCGCUGCUCGAAUCCUAUUCCAUUGCUGGCAGUGAGGGGAGUAUCUCAGCUUCAGCUGCUUCGGGUCUGGCUGCCCCCUCUGGCCCCAGCUCUGGCCUCAGCUCUGGCCCCUGUUCCCCGGGCCCCCCAGGGCCAGUCAGUGGCCUGAGAAGAUGGUUGGAUCAUUCCAAACAUUGCCUCAGUGUGGAAACUGAGGCAGACGGUGGCCAGGCUGGACCAUAUGAGAACUGGAUGCUGGAACCAGCUCUAGCCACAGGAGAGGAGCUGCCAGAACUCACCCUGCUGACCACAUUGUUGGAGGGCCCUGGAGAUAAGACAGAGCCACCUGAGGAGGAGACUCUGUCCCAAGCCCCUGAGAGUGAGGAGGAACAGAAGAGGAAGGCUCUGGAAAGGAGUAUGUAUGUCUUGAGCGAACUGGUAGAGACAGAGAAAAUGUAUGUGGACGACUUGGGGCAGAUUGUGGAGGGUUACAUGGCCACCAUGGCUGCUCAGGGGGUCCCGGAGAGUCUUCGAGGCCGUGACAGGAUUGUGUUUGGGAACAUCCAGCAAAUCUAUGAGUGGCAUCGAGACUAUUUCCUGCAGGAGCUACGGCGGUGUUUGAAGGAUCCUGAUUGGCUGGCUCAGCUAUUCAUCAAACACGAGCGCCGGCUGCAUAUGUACGUGGUGUACUGUCAGAACAAGCCCAAGUCAGAGCACGUGGUGUCAGAAUUUGGGGACAGCUACUUUGAGGAGCUCCGGCAGCAGCUAGGGCACCGCCUACAGCUCAACGACCUCCUCAUCAAACCAGUGCAGAGGAUCAUGAAAUACCAGCUGCUGCUCAAGGAUUUUCUCAAAUAUUAUAGUAGAGCUGGGAUGGAUACUGAAGAGCUGGAGCACGCUGUGGAGGUCAUGUGCUUUGUACCCAAGUGCUGCAAUGACAUGAUGACCCUGGGGAGACUUCGGGGGUUUGAGGGCAAACUGACUGCUCAGGGGAAGCUCUUGGGCCAGGACACAUUCUGGGUCACAGAGCCCGAGGCUGGGGGGCUGCUGUCCUCCCGGGGUCGAGAGAGACGUGUCUUCCUCUUCGAGCAAAUUGUCAUCUUCAGUGAGGCCCUGGGAGGAGGAGUCCGAGGAGGAUCACAGGCUGGAUAUGUAUACAAGAGCAGCAUCAAGGUGAGCUGCCUGGGACUGGAGGGGAACCUCCAAGGUGACCCUUGCCGCUUUGCACUGACCUCCAGAGGGCCAGAGGGUGGGAUCCAGCGCUAUGUCCUGCAGACUGCAGACCCUGCAGUGAGUCAGGCCUGGAUCAAGCAAGUGGCUCAGAUCCUGGAAAGCCAGCGGGACUUUCUCAAUGCAUUGCAGUCACCCAUUGAGUAUCAGAGACGAGAGAGCCAGACCAACAGCCUGGGGCGGCCAGGAGGGCUUGGGGUGGGGAGUCCUGGGAGAAUUCGGCCUGGAGACCGGGCCCAGGUCAGCACACAUGCACCCAUCAAUGGCUCUCUCCCCUCCCUGCUGCUGUUGCCCAAAGGGGAGGUGGCCAGAGCCCCCCUGCCCGUGGACACACAGGCCCUCAGUGACAUCCCCCGAGCUCCUCGUGACUCUCCUCCAGCUCCACCAAUUCCAAACACCCCUCCCUGCCAAGCCAGACUUGCCAAGCUGGAUGAAGAUGAGCUCUAAGUGGUGAAGGCCUGGGGUGGUGCUGACCCAGCCACCCCAUUUUCUGAGGAACUUCAGGGCAAUCCUUCUGACAUCACCUUGGAAUUCCUUCUUGAUGUGUCUGGCGGGGGAGGGGGGGGCAAGGCUGGGAGUGGUGUUGACUUGGAGGAGGAUUCCUAGACUUAGAAGGACUUCUUUCUGCUUAAGGAACACAGGUUCCUUCAGCGCCCACCCCUACGCAUGCAUCACAGGUCCCCCCAAAAGGAGGAUAUGGGGGUGGGUGGGAGGGCUGGGGCAGGGGCCAGAUAAAAAUGAUUGGUUUUGACUUUGAUUUUUUUUUUUCAGUUUUCUGAGAUUAAAGGUUUUGUGAUAUCACUAAGGCUGCUGUACUGGCAGAGGGAAGGGGAAGUGGGGUGAGACGAUGGGGAGAAAUCCACUGGCCUGCGGACGGUCUGGUAAUAAGAGGACACACGGUGUUGCUGCCUGUGUCCCUCACCUGCAGUUGCGGCGUCUCGCAGUCCAGACCUGGAACUUGGAAAACCUGAGAUCCGUGAUAUAUCCUCCCCUUUCCCAGCCUGCUUUCUCUUCCAUCUGGCCUCCAUUCUAGACCCCACUGGAAAGCCCAGUGUAGUGUGACUUCCCACCAUCUCCCCAGCACCCAGAUUCUAAAGCAUUAAAUGCCCAAGUACCUUUCCUUCUGAGGCCUCCAUGCUCAGCUGAGGGAGAAUGGGGAGGUGGAGAGGAUGCUGGGGCCUGUGGCCCUUUUUGGCUCUGGGUUCUCCUUUUUGCCGUCUGCGAGGUCACAAGGCAUAUCCGUAGUGAGCAGGAAAGGAUUCUUCUUCAAGCCACAGACCCAAGAGUGGACAGCCCGAAGGGGUCUUCACCCCUCCCAACUUCUGGGAUAGCCCCUGGGACGGAGAAAGCCAAACAUGCAGAGAUCCAUAUCCAGAUGCCCUGUCCUGGGUCCUUGGGCAUCUGUGUGUCCACUGUGUCCAUUCGUCCCCUGGGCUUGGUCACGUGUACUUGGGCUUCCUCAGCAGACAAUAGGCUGCUGGGGUGGGAUGGUUAGGAGGAGCUGGAGCCUCCCUGUGGGCCUGAGGUCCCUCUGGCCGACAAUGGGGGGAGGGACCUCUAAGGGGGGGACAGGACGUACAGCCCAGAUAAGACUUCUGGGGAACAAUAGGAGGAAUUGAAGAGGGGAGACCCACCCUCACUGUACCCCACCCCCAGGGCUUUGGGGUCAGGGACUGGGGACCAGAGGGUGAUGGGGAGAAAUGCCAAGUAUUCUUGUAAAUGGAGGAGGGGGUGGGGAAAAUAGCAGGAUUCUGGAUCCCAGAACCUUUGUAUCUCUUGAGGGACCACAGAGGUACAUGAGGUGGGUGCAUGACCCAUUUGAACUUAAUUUAACCACAAAUGUGUUUU